AUGGCAGUUGUCAUCAAGCCUACAGAGAAUAGAGCAGUGAUGGCCAAACCACCUCCUAAAAAGCUCGACGCGGACGCCGGAGAAAGGGUUCGCAAAGAAGAACAAACUCAGUGGUCCGUUAGGGAUCCUUUCUCCUCGAUAACGUUUAUAAGAAAUUUGGGAAAGCGUUGGAAGAACAUGGCAAAGCAAUGAAGAUAUUGCUUACCAGUGCAGUCUCGCCACAACACAUAGCUUCGGCUUUUUCGAUCGUCCUUACUACCACGAUCAACCGUCAUGAACUUCCACAUCGCUUUAAACUCACCGUUCGCUCUUUGGGAUAAUCGAGCCAGUUAUGCAGAUUUGUUUUUGGAGUUAUACAAAUGUUGGAGUUAUACAAAUUCUGAAGUUGGAAAUCCCAUGGAGAGAUAGCGUUAGCUGGCAGACUGUCAAAGUUGAUAUGUCUAAUUUCCCCCAUGGGUCCAUCACGAAUCAAGGUCGAACACCGUUCUGUACGUUUUAGCGGGACCAGCAAAUUGUACAUUAUGGCGCGCUUAGCAAAUGCUAGCGGGAAAGGAACGGAGCGUCGUGUUGGAGCCCAUGUUUAGGCUACUCACCCCCUAUAGAUCUCCAUGUCACCCGAAGUUAUUACAGCUCCCUCAUAUUAAGCUUAUGCUGCGCGAAAAUGUUUACCAAUGUCAUC